GGGUUAUAAGGUUGCACCCGCUGGAAUUAAAACCAUUGACCUGUUGGUAACAUUUUUCUCAUGUCGGAUGCUGAUACCGCGUCGUUGCUCAAGUUGACUGAAAAUGUACUCCAGGAUUAUCGAAGCCUUAUUUCAGAGACAAAGAGGCGAUUUGUCCCCAUUAAAGAAGCUGCGGAGUUACAAAUUCCAAAGCUAAGAGCGAUCAUUAAUAGUGAUUCUGAUCUCCGAGAAAGUCUCAAAGCAUCAUGUGGCUCUCUGAUAUCACCCUUCUUAAGUGGUUGUCUUUCGAAAAAUCAGAAAGUAAUAGUACUGUGUAUGACAGCUCUGCAGCGUUUCAUAAACCAAAAGUGUUUGUCAGAGGAUGCUGCUCAAUCCAUCAUUGAUACGCUCUGGCAACUGACGGAGUCAAAUUUGGAAGAACUCCGUCUGUUGCAAACCACGAUACUACUCCUCACAAGCUCACCCUUGGUUCGAGAUUCCCUACUUGCCAAGGCUUUUACUAUUUGCCUAAAACUGCAUCUUUCGAAGACACCAGCUACUGUAAACACGGCCGCAGCAGCUGUACGCCAAUGUGCUAGCACUAUUUUUGACCGUGUAUUUAAAGAUGAGCUAGUCGUGCAACCUGUAGAUUCUACUAAAGAAAGAACACCUUCUACAGUGGAUGAUAUACUCCCUGUCAAUCCAAAUGAAUUGAAGCCAUCUGAAAGGGAUGCAUAUAUGCUAUUCCAGGAUAUUUGCCUACUGAUGAGCGAUGAUUCAUGUGUUUGGCUGCGUGGUCCAAUACAACUAAACAAGGUUUUAGGCUUGGAGUUAAUAGAAUCUCUCAUUUUCUCAUAUCCUAGUUUAUUUUGUCAACACCCAGCAUUUGCAUAUUUGUUGAAGACUAAUUUAUGUCCCCUAGUGAUUAAAUUAUUUUCUCCCAGUUUAAAAUUACAUUCAACGCCUUUAGCUGCAUCCAGUGGUGGUGGUGGUGUUGGUAGUGGGAUAGCAGAUGUCGCGUCAGCUGCAUUUGCUGCUGCAUCAGCUGCACUCUCAAGUGUCAGUGGGGUGGCUUCAUCAUCAUCCGGAAUAUCAAAUGACAUGGCGAUAAAUGGUGAAAAACCGAAUUUUGCCCUGUUUGUCCGCUUGAAACGUUUGAUUAUCGUCAUUGUCAAUCAUUAUUUCCAUCUAUUAAAUACAGAAUGUGAAAUCUACCUAUCAUUACUUAUACGCUUUUUGGAUGUAAAUAAAUUAUUAUGGCAGCGUGCAUUGGCACUGGAAGUAUUGUAUAAAAUUGUAGAGCAACCUGAAUUGGUUAAACAUAUUUGCAUUUCAUAUGAUAUGAGAGAGCAUGCAACAAAAAUAUUUCACGAAUUAUUAAAUACUUUUGGACAGUAUAUACAAACAUCUCUGGCAAAUCCUGGCCCCGGAGAUGAAUUAUCUAAAGAUAACAGCAGUCAAGCACCAAAUCAACUCAUUCACACUGGAGGCAUAAAUCAAUCCCUGCUAUACUAUAAAGGCAGCUAUUUUCCUAUAAAUUUACAAUCUAAAGGGAUUCUACUUGAAAUGCUUGAUCGUAAUGAACCACCUGUAUUGGCUGAUGGUUAUUGUCUAUCUCUAGCUGUUGUCUGCCUUCGUAAAACAGUGGAAUCCUUAAAAGUGAUUGUAAAUGCUAAUUUGGCUGCAAUCUCUAAUAUUGAAAAUAAUAACAAUAACAGUAACAAUAAUAAUAAUAAUAAUAAUAAUAAUAAUAAUAAUAAUAAUAAUAGCGCUAAUAAUGAUAAUAGUAAUAAUAAUAUAUUAAUGAAACCGGAUAUUGUUAUCUGUGAAAGAAUUGUUUCUAACUCAUGGUGUGGACUGUUGUCUUCGUUUAGUUUAUUACUGGAAUCAAGCGCUGAUCAUCAAAUUACUGGAUGCUUUCUUCAAUCCUUACAAAUUAUGGUUGAAUUAUGCGGAAAACUGCAUCUUAAUGAAGCUCGAGAUGCCUUCACGAUAACUUUGUGUAGAUCUGCACUACCGACAUGUUUUGCCCGGUCAUUAUUGGCAUCCGAUUCGAAGGGAGGUCAGUCUGUAAUAUCUCAAUUGUCUUCAGCUUCUGGUAGCGUAAAUAUUCACGAGGAUAUAUUCGAUCGUAGUCCAGUAGUUUUAAUGGUAUCUCAGGGUCCUGGUCAUACAACUCAUAUAAGUCCUCCGACAAAUCUACCUCCUAACUCUCAAAAUUCAUCGAACCAAACCACAUCUAGUGGACAUGUACAAAUAGGCUCAACUCCAUCUGGAAAUACUGACGCGUUAUCAUCCAGUGGUAAUAUCCUUCUUACUGCCAAGCAUCUACAAGCUGCACAUGCUGUUCUAGCUACAGCUAAUGCACAUGGUGAUGUACUGGAGUCAUCAUGGGGUAUAAUUUUGGUUACAAUGCAGCAUUUAGUUUGGAUGUUGAGCUUGAAAAUUGAACCGUCAGCCAAGUUAUUUUUUAAAGCAGUCCAUCAUGAAUCUGGAACAAGUGGUGGUGGUGGUACACCAUCAGGAAGCGUUGUUAAUUUAACUAAUACAAUCAAUGAGAAGCAGACACCGCUAACAACAACAACUAGCUCUGGUGGUGGUGGGGGACAUGGACAGCAAACUUCAGUAUCGACUCAUGCAUCCAUAUCAUCUGAAUUAACCUUGUUAUCGUCAAUGAUGACACAAAUUUUUAUUCAAUCAAGUCAUUUGAAUGUGAACGCUUUACACAGUCUCAUCUCAGCUCUUUGCCGUUUAUCAUCGGAUACACUGGAAGCAGUGAAAAAUAACCGAGAACCAAGUGAAUUCCCGAUUGCAAAAUUAACAGAAAUUGGAUUAGUUAAUGUUCAUCGAUUAGAUUUAUGGUGGCAAAUUAUAUCCUGUCAACUGUUAACGAUAUGUAACUCAUCUCACACUGGUCUACGUCAAUUAGCAUCAAAUUGUCUCACUAGUUUGAUUAAACAAGCUAUCGCUGCUCCACAGAAUCCACCAUUUUGGCAGAAUGAAACAUUAACUAUUAAAGUACUUGAUCCAUUGACUGCUUUAUCCAAUGAUAUUAUAUAUGAUGAUGUACGUGAAGUCCAGCUGGAAUGUGUUCAACAAUUACUACAUUGUUGGGGGGAACAAGUACGAUCCAGUUGGUUACGAUUAAUUGAAAUUAUUGGAGUGAUACGUGAAAGUUAUAAAAUUGAUUUAAUUCAAACAUCAUUCAAAUGCUUCAAAUUGAUUGUUACGGAUUAUUUGUCAGCUUUAUUGCCUAAUUGUUAUUUGGCGUGUGUAGAAACAGCAGCACGAUUUGGUCAUCAGAAACAAGAUUUGAAUAUCGCUUUAGCGGCGGUUGGUUCCCUUCUUCAUUUAGCUGACUUCUUCAUGGAAGAGAAGAAUAUUCCGCUUAGUCUAACUGAUUCAGAUAACGCUGUUAUCGAUUUAAAAGAUUUAUGGAUUUGUGUUUUCCACAAACUGGCAGAUUUAUGCUUAGACCGUCGACCAGCUGUUCGAAAAUCUGCUUGUCAGACGUUAUUCAACACAAUAGAAUGUCAUAGUGAUCGAUUCGAUGAAGAUACAUGGUCGUCUCUUUUAUGGAAGAUAUUAUUUCCUUUAUUAUCCAAUGUUCACAAUUUAUAUGCAAAUGCACCAGUUGAAAAAGUUGGCGAUAAACCGAAUAGUUUAUUAAUUCAUCAUAGUCGUGAUACAGCAUCAAAACAAUGGGCGGAGACAGUUGUUCUCACUUUAUCCGGUGUCUCGCAUUGUUUCAUAUCAAAACAAUCACAACUGCUAAAAAUUAAUGAUUUUACAAAAUUUUGGCAAUUACUAUUGGAUCACUUAAAGGUGAAUGCAUAUAUGGAUAGUGGAGAAAUAUCAUUAGCUUCAUUAAAUUGUAUGCAAGUUCUACUGGAAUUACAAAUUUCCUCGUCCUCGUCGCCAUCAUCCUCAUCAAUGUCAUCCCCGCCAACAUCAAAUUUAUCGCCUAAUUUAAUAUGGUCUGCAUAUUGGGAAACUUGGUUACAAAUAGGCAAACGAUCGAUUGCUUUUGUUCAAUCUAAUUGUAAUGCUGACAUGAACACUGAUCACAGUAACUCUCUUUUAUUACAUAAUAAUAAAGACGCUUCAGAACGUUUUAAUGGCAACAGUAAUAACAAUGUUGUUGUUGUCGACGAAAAUAAUCAGAAAAUUAAUCAUCCAUCGUAUAUAUUUCUUCCCAGUACAUCGUUCAUUACCCUGUACUUUGAUUUAUUCCUGCCAAUAUUUGAUCAUAUUAAAGAGAAUUUCACUGUUAAAGAUUUUGAUCGUUUAGAGGAAUUAAUUCAAAUUGGUGUAUUAAUUCCGGUGUAUAUCGCCUGUCUAUAUCCUAGUGUAUCAACAACAACGACAAUGCAAUCAUCAUCAUCAACAACAACAACAAAUAUAAUUGAUGAUGGGAUAUUAAAUUCACUACAAGAAUCAGUAUUACGUUGUUUAAAUUGUCUUGUUCAACAUUUUAGUUCUGAACAAAAUAAUAAUAAUAAUAAUAAUAAUAAUAAUAAUAAUAAUAAUGAGAAUAGUUCAUCGUCAUUGCUGCUUCCACGUGUUCUUCAACUGCUUCUUACAUUGACUGGUUAUGCUGUUCAAAUCCCUAAAGUAGAUCAACUAAAAAAUCAUCGACUUGAUGUUGUCCCACUGAAUUACAUUGUCUUCGCUGAGAAAUCUUUACUCAUUGCUGUGGAUUUAUAUCAGACAACUGCUGCAUGGCCUGAAAUGUGUCGAGUUGAAAUCCUUGAAUCAAUAAUUAAGACAUUACAUCAGCCUAUGGCGUUGAAAUAUGCCUGUCCUUCGCAAACCACAUGGAUAUUAGCCUGUCGAUGCUUUUUUCAAGUAAUUACAGCUGGUAUUAUUGUGAUAUCAAAUCAAUCAGUGAAUAAUAAUUAUAAUAAAAGUAAAACAUGCCUAAUGAUGCAAAAGAAAGAUUCUGUUGCGUAUACUUCAUCUAAUCAUGAUUUAUGCAAACAAAUUGUCGAUACGAUUCAAGAUUUUCUUUUCUGUCAAAAUCAACCUCCGUCGUCAUUAUCCAUUGAGGAGUUUCAACUUCAUGAAGAAUUGGACUGUAAAUUUGUCGAUUUAAUCAGUGAUUUAUUCCUGUCGAAUCCUGCACAACUACCGGAGUUCUUUAUUAGCCGACUAAUCAAUAUACUGAGUGUAGGCUCUGUCCAGUCAGCUGUACCUGUCAGUAUCACCAAUAAUAAUGGUGAUCACAAUGCUCCUAGUGAUGAAGAUGCUGUUUUGAUGAAUGGAUCUUUUGAUCACUCUGACAAUAAGUUAACAACACUACCUACAACAACGAUGCAUUGUCAGUCAACUGAAUCGAAUAAUGAAGCUAAAUUCCCCAAAGGAUUAGGUCGUGCUGUUCGUCAAAUGAAUGCAGUCACUGAAGAAGUACCUCAAGAUUCUUUGAUGAAUGAAUCACUACUCACUUGGGAUAUUGAUUUAGAUCGUUUAAGACAGACAAGUUUUCGUGAAAAAUUUGCUCGUUUAUGCUUUAGUAAACUGUUGUCGCAUGCUUUCUCAUCGCCUACAAAUUCAAGGACAUCAACUACAUCAACACAAAUACUAUUGGAUAAUAAUUCUAUUGAUAAUAAUAAUUAUUAUUAUAAUAACAAUUAUAAAGUAAAUGCAAUAAAUACAAGUUUUUCUCUAAUGGUUAGCAAAACAGCUGUACGUAGUAUUCUGCAACGAUGUCGUCUGGUAUUGAUUAAAUUCUAUCAAGCUUCACGAUUAGUUGGAAAGUGUCCAUUACCUCGUGCUCGUUUGUCCGAAAUCAGUUAUGUAUUCAAGGCGUUAACAGUUAUGCUGACAUCCCUUCAGUCUAUUCCAAUCCAACAAGAUGUGGAUGAUUCAAUCUGGUCUAGUGUUAUCCAGUUAUAUCCGCAUAUUGUUGAUUGUGUUCUUGUCGCUGGUGGAAGUAAUCAAAUGGCACUGGCAUUACAUCAUCUAUUGCGUCUGUAUGGUGAAUUUUUAGCACCAUUACAUUUGACCACAGGAAAUUCUAAUGAUACUACUACUACUACUACUAGUAAGCAAUAUAAUAAUAAUAGUAGUGUCCAGAAUAACAUGAACGCCGCCUUGAAUUAUUCAAACGACAUCUCCAGUAACAGUAACAGUAUGCAUCCGAAUAAAACAGCAACAUCGUUGAAUGGAAUUUAACGAAUUUUUGGAAUUGAAUGUUGUUGUUUUUUUACCAACCACGCACUCUCCCUCAAUUUUUACCUUUUUUUCUUGUGAUAACUAAUUUUUCUUUCUUAAAAUGAGGCUGUGGCAUGGGAAUAUUUUGGUCUAUCUCUGUGUGUGUCUUCUUUGUGGCUUUUUAAAAAAUAAAGGAAAAAGACGGUAGUAAUUUGUCGGUUCGGUGGCUUCUUUCUUCUACUUCUUCUUCUGUUUUGCUUUUUUUACAACUGACUGUCUCGUUCAUGUUUUGUUUUUAGAAAAAAUAUGAUUAACCAUUAUCCGUCUGCUUUCCCACGACACUCACACAUACCCACACACACAGACGCACGCAUAACAGAGAGACAGUUAUCUGCUUAUGAGCAAUACUCACUCCUCCUCCUCCUCUUCCUACUCCUUCGCUGCCGCCGACGAAUUGUUUACUUUGAUAAUUUCCACUGUUUGGUUGUUGCUUUCUUUAUUUUUAAAAACAAUAAAGGUAACUGUGUGUGUGUGUGCGUAUUGUAUUGUGAUAGGAAAUAAUAAAUGCGAUGAUGAUGGUGAUUUUAUAAUGUGAAUGACAAGAGUAUAUUUCUUGUAUACGGUCUUUUUAUUCCUGAUUUCUUUCUAUCGGAUUUUGUAAAAUAAACAUAUUUUGAACACAU